CCAAGGCACAGGCACUACCCAGCCAUCCUGCCAUCCUGCCAUACUACCAGCGGGCUAUCCUCGUCGAUGCUCGCACUCGCAAAACUAGCGGUCGUCCCAAGAGCUCAAAACUUGAAACACAGUUUCAGGUCUUCAAUCGUUUCCAUGUGUUGUAGGCUGGUAGCCAUUAGCAGCGCCUGUAUCAUUCACUCGCGACGACAUUCCUGACUCACGUACCCCUCCAUAUGCGCGCCUUCCGCGCUUAGAAGAGAAAAACCGGCCUCUUCGGACCUCAACUUUUCCCCAGCGAUUAACGCUCUAAUCUAUCCGAAGCAUGAAGUUUAGGCGGGGUCUUCGUCGCACCGCCAUAGUGCACCCCGAGCCGCACUCGCUUCUCUUUCCCCAGGUCCCCAUCCGCGGCUCGAGGGACGAAGGCAGAAAGCUCGCGACGGAGUCGCUCUCAGGAGGCAAUGACGCGUCUCCAGGAAUCGCGGUGGCGCAAAUGACGCUGGAUGAGGCAAUUGAGGCCGCUGCUCGCGAGCAAGCGCAAAAGAACCAACAGCAGCCGCAGCAGCCGGUAGUGACGCAGCCGGUCGUGACGGAGCCGGUAGUGACGACGCAGCCGGCAGUGACACAGCCGCAGCCUGUUACCGAACCGCAGCCACAGCCGCAGCCACAGCCGGAGCCGCAGCCGCAGCCGAACCCGGAUGCGACAGGGCAGCAGGCGCCCGGCGGAGGUCGCACGGAGAAGCAGCUCUUCCCCGGCAUGCCCUCCCCCGCAGUCGAUCCGCCCGUCGCCAGCGGCGGGGGCGGCCUCUUCCCCGGCGGCGGAAAUGGCUUCAAACCCACGCCCGCCGUGCCGACAACCCCGUCUGUGCCGCAGACGCCCUCCGUGCCGGUCGCCCCGACCACGCCUGCCGUGCCCUCUGAGCCGGUCACGCCGGGAGUGCCGUCUGCGCCCACCACCCCGCAACCCCAGCCGGGGACUCCGGUCGCGCCCACUGUCCCUGUGCCCUCGGGCCCCGCCGUCCCCACGCCGAAGACUCCCGUCGUCCCCACGCCAAAGACUCCCGUCGUCCCCACGCCAAAGACUCCCGUCGUCCCCACGCCAAAAACACCUGCCGUCCCCGAGCCGAAGACCCCCGCCGUCCCCAGCUUUCCGACGCCCAAGGCGCCGGGCUCAACUUCUGCGCCCAAGACCCCGCCUGUAACCCCUGGCGGAAAAGUUCCCCCUGGCGUGCCGAAUCCGAAGACAUGGCCGGUAGCUCCCGGCUCAAAAGCCGCGCCUGGCUUUCCCGGGGCCAAGAUUCCCCCGGGGGCCCCCGGUUCGAAAGCCGCGCCUGGGUUUCCCGGACCUAAGGUCCCCCCUGUUGCUCCCGGUUCGAAAGCCGCCCCUGGCUUCCCCUGGCCUAAGACGCCUGUUGCUCCCGGUUCGAAAGCCGCCCCUGGCUUCCCCUGGCCUAAGACGCCUGUUGCUCCCGGUUCGAAGGCCGCGCCUGGCUUCCCCUGGCCUAAGACGCCUGUUGCUCCCGGUUCGAAGGCCGCGCCUGGCUUCCCCUGGCCUAAGACGCCUGUGGCCCCGGGUUCGAAGGCCGCGCCUGGCUUCCCCGGGCCUAAGGUCCCCCCUCUUGCUCCUGGUUCGAAAGCCGCGCCUGGCGUGCCUAAGAUUCCGCCAAUCGUCAAACCUGCUCCUAGCUCCACCGCUGCGCCUGGUUCCGCCUCUGCGCCUGGUUCCGCCGCUGCGCCUAGUUCCGCCGCUGCUCCAGCUUCCGCCUCUGCGCCAUCCUCUCUGCCGUCCCGCCCCCACCCUAGCCUGUCCGCCCCCGGUUCCCUCUCUGCGCCGGGCUCCGCCAAGGCUCCUGUAUCCGCCCCUGGCUCCGCGAAAGCUCCUGGAAAAGCACCUGGCUUUGCGCCCGGCUCUGUUCGCGCCCCUGCUGUUACGCCACCGAACAAAACCGUCACGGCGCCGGCCUCGGUCCCCCCGCCGGUCACUGCGCAGCCCUCCUUCCCCCCGCCGAAACCCUCCACCCCCGCGUACUCUGCUCUUGACCCCUUUGCGCCGAGCGUCCCCGCGAAUUCGUCCGCGGCUGCGACCUCCAGCGGAAGCGGAAUGUCGGCGGGAGCGGUUGCGGGGAUUGCGGUGGGAGUGACGCUGGGGUUCGUGGGGCUGGUGGUGCUGGGGUUUUACUUGUUUUUCCUGCUGAGGCAGAAGAAGGACAAUAAGAGAGGCGACGAGAAGAAGGGCGGCAAAGCAGGCGGUUCGACCAAAGCCAGCAAGGUUCCGUUCUACGCAGCGCCCUUCAAGACGCACGGUAAGCCAACCGGCAGUCCGGCAAGCGCGGAAGUUCAGGACGGCGGAGAAUCCGGAGCGGCGGCAGAUGCGGCAGGAGUAGCGGCAGCGGCAGCAGUAGGAGCAGGAGUAGGAGCAGUGGUUGCUGGCUCUGCUGUAGGAUCCGCCCCCGGUGACAGUGCAGCGUCCGCGCCUGCUGUACCUGACGUGGCCGCUGCUAGCGUGGCAGGCUCAGGGACUGCUGGUGGCGCGGUGAGCGCUCGACCCAACGCAAGUCCGCCGUCUGCUAAAGCCGGGGGAACCCUGACUCCCCCCCCCGGUUCCGCUGGGGGCGCGGGUGGUGCAAGCCCACUGGCGAACGCCGCAGGGGGCGCAGCGGCGGCCGCAGGCACGGGUUCGACCACCGGUUUGGCAGCAGGUUCGGCAACAGCUGCCAGCUCAGCAGGAGGAGCUGCGCCAGCUGCGGGUGCGGUUGCGGGUGCUGCGGCGGGAAUUACCGCAGGAACGGUAGUCGGGGCGGCAGCUGCCAAAGCAUUGGCAGCAAAGACUCCGGCAGCGACGAAAGCAGCUGCUACUCCUGGCGCGGGCGCUGCUGCAGCGGGCGCAGCUGGUGCGGUUGGCGCGGGGGUGGUCGCAGGGGCGGCGGCAGCAAAGGCAGGAAACGACGAGGACGAAAUCGAUCCGUCGGAGCAGUGGUGGUUUCCGCCUGAGGAGCUCGACCAGGCUACUGAGCGCUUCGCGCUUUCGAACAAGCUCGGAUCGGGAACUUUCGGAACGACGUAUAAGGGGGUGCUGGAGGACGGGCAGGAGGUUGCGGUGAAAGUGCUGAAGGUGAAGGGUUCGCUGAGCGACGCGGCGUGGAAAAAGGAUGCGGAGGAGAUUUUCGUUAUUCAGCACGAAAACCUGGUUGCUUAUUUGGGUUACUGUCUCGCGAGCUCGCAGCGAAUGGUGGUGCAGGAAUUUGUCGCGAACGGGUCGCUUGACGCGGCGCUGCAUGGGGAUAACAAGCCAAUCCUGGCGUGGAAUUUCCGCAUGAAGAUCGCCAAGGGCGCCGCGAGGGCCCUCGCAUUUCUCCACGAAGAGUGCACUCCCCACAUUAUUCACAAGGACCUCAAGGCAUCUAACAUCCUGCUUGAUGCCCAGUACGAGGUCAAGCUAAGUGACUACGGAGCAGCUAAGCUUGCAGGAGAUGCUGCCAUCCCCACCAUCUCUGGGUCUGCCGGCACCUAUGGCUAUUUGGCGCCCGAGUAUGCACUCACAGGCAAACUCACAGAGAAGUCGGAUGUGUACUCGUUUGGAGUGAUCCUGCUGGAGCUCAUAACGGGGAAGAAGCCGUGUGACAAGCAGCGGGCACAGAAGGACAGUCUGGUUGAAUGGGCUCGGCCACUUCUCGCCUCCAACACGCUGAAGGAGCUGGCUGACCCGAACCUGGAUGGCUGCUUUGGAGUGAAGGAGAUGGAUCGUGUUAUUGUGGCAGCCUCUCAGUGUGUGAGGCAGUCGGCUGUCCUUCGACCAAGCAUGAGCCAGGUAUUACGCCUUCUGGACCAGCUGUGAGUGCAGUGGUAGUUGGACGGUUAGUCAAGCAUUAGGCAAAUGUUUUUUUAGGCUGUAAUCCAAAGCUAGGUUUGGAAUUGUAGUAGGCAUGCUCCAAAAUAAGCACCAAGUGCAAUUGGCUUGUAGUAAGUGGCUGUUAACGUAUAACUGGACUGUCAUGUAGUUGUGAGCUGUGGGUAACGGGUUCUAUAUUUCCGAGAAACAAAACCAAUAUGUUCGGGUUCAUCGGAUAUUGACGUUAGGUCAGCUGUAAAUAUGUCUCUGCACUUACGAUGCCCGAUCUCUAUCUG